GUCAAUCAUGAUAAAGCACCGUUCUGGGUGGGAAAAAGACCAUCGUAUCUCAAAUUACGUCAUCACGCACAUAUCCGACCUGUCCUUGAAGCCACAACACAGGCAAGAUGGUCGCAUACUGGAGACAGGCAGGCCUCAGCUACAUCCGCUUCUCCGCUAUCUGUGCUAGCGCGGUGCGGGCUGCGAUGAAGCCGCAGUUCAAAGCCGAAGCAUUAAAGGCCGCAGAAGCCAACGUCAAAGUCCUGAAACCCAAAACAGCUGCAUGAUUUGAGAACGAGAUGUAGAUAGUUUGUCCUGGAGGUGUAAGGUCCUGUCACUGUCCUGUCCUGCACACCGUAGAGAAGAGAAAAGGGACAACAUCAAGAUGACCUGAAUGAAAUUGCAGUUAUUUUCCCUUUCAUUUGUUAUUAAAAUUGUAUUAAAGAUGGAUAUCGGAAAUA